UUAAAUUUUAUUAUAUUUUUUAUAAUUUUUGCAAAUAUGGACAAAUUUUCAAAAUUAACAAAAGCAAUGUAUUCAAUGCAGUAUAACUUCAGAAAUGCAGUAUUCAAGCGCUACGUGAUGUACAAAGAGGACUCUAAUAUUUAUUUUGAACCACCGUUAAAUAUCAAUGAGCGACACCAAAACUAUAAGGGGAAUGUACUAUCGUUUUUUGAUAAGAAAAAUAAAUGCUUGCAGUUACAUAUAGUAGCAAACAUCUCUUUACCAGCUUACUUAGAAGAAAUGAAAAAUCAAAAAGGUUUUCAUUACCACCACAGAAAUGAAGAGACCACUGACGUAUUUAAAUUUCAACAAAUGAGCACUGCUGUCAACUACCCUAGACGUUUCUCUUCACGCCUUUUGUCAAGCCAAUAUUCAGAAGCGACAGAAUGUGGAACUGGUGACGGUUAUAUCGAUUAAAUCAAAUGCAACUUCGAUGGAUUAUGCAUGCAAUCCUACCUACCGGUACGCUUCUUCUCAGUUGUUGUGCUUGGAGUGGUUAAGAUCCAAAAUCGUUUUUACGAAACAGUCACGAAGGUGUCACUAGGCGCAUUUAUAUGAUAGAAGAAAGGCUCUUCAGCAUUGUCUUUCUUACGAAUUCUUUCUCACUGGAACAAUUAAAAGUUGACGAUGAAUUUAACAGUUGUUAUGCUAAUAUCUACACAUAUUCGUCCCAAAUACUUCCAUCAAAAAAAAUUUAAUGUUUAACUUAUUUUCAAAAUUGCUGUAUCAAAUU